AUGUUUGACGGUGUCAUGGGGCGAGUCCCUGCCCUAUACCCCCCUCCUCCCCCGGUACCCCGGGGCUCCUACGGGCUCCGGGGAGCCGUGGGCGAACGCGCUUCUCUUCCCGCUAACCGUGCGGAUGGGGAGGAGCCUCUUCCAGGGCUGCUGGUUCUGAGGUUGUGCAGCAUCGGGGCCAGCUGCUGGGCCAGUAUCACUCUUGGCAUCACCAUGAGCUUUGGCACCACUGCGCCGCUGAAGGUCGUCAGCAACCUCGCCAACACCGAUGUCAACUAUGUCAUCAAAGAGCACUAUAAUUACACAGGAAAGCUAAAUGAGAAUGUGGACAGUGGAAUAAAAGUGACGUCGGUGGUUUUUAUCAUCAUUUGCUGCUUUAUAAUCUUGGAGAACAUUUUUGUCUUGCUCACCAUCUGGAAAACCAAGAAGUUUCACAGACCCAUGUACUAUUUCAUUGGGAAUUUGGCUCUUUCAGACUUGCUGGCUGGCGUGGCCUACACUGCCAACCUCCUGCUAUCUGGACACAAAACGUAUAGCCUCACUCCCUCCCAGUGGUUUGUAAGGGAAGGCAGCAUGUUUGUUGCCUUGUCAGCUUCUGUGUUCAGCUUGUUGGCCAUUGCCAUUGAGAGAUACAUCACUAUGCUGAAGAUGAAACUCCAUAAUGGCAGCAACAGCUUCCGCUCCUUCUUGCUCAUCAGUGCUUGCUGGGUUAUCUCUGUGAUCCUUGGGGGACUGCCGAUCAUGGGAUGGAACUGCAUCAACCUCCUGUCCAACUGCUCCACUGUGCUGCCCCUCUACCACAAGCACUAUAUUCUCUUUUGCACCACUGUUUUCACCGGCCUUUUGUUAUCUAUUGUCGUCCUCUAUUGCAGGAUCUACUCCAUGGUGAGGACUAGGAGCCGCAGGCUGACGUUUCGGAAAAACAUUACCAAAGCUACCAGGAGCUCAGAGAAGUCACUGGCCUUGCUCAAGACAGUGAUCAUAGUCCUGAGUGCCUUCAUCGUCUGCUGGGCUCCCUUGUUCAUCCUGCUUUUACUGGAUGUGGGGUGUAAAGUGAAGUCCUGCCCGAUCCUCUACAAAGCAGAGUAUUUCUUAGUACUGGCUGUGCUCAAUUCAGCCACAAACCCUAUCAUCUACACCUUGACAAACAAAGAGAUGCGGAGGGCUUUCAUCAAGAUUCUGUGCUGCUGCAAAUGUCCCCCGGCAGAUUCUGGGACCAAAUUCAAAAGACCCAUCAUCGGAGGGAUGGAGUUCAGUCGGAGUAAGUCUGACAACUCCUCCCACCCGCAGAAGGAGGAAGGGGACCAUCCUGAAACCAUCAUGUCUUCAGGCAAUGUUACCUCAUCUUCUUAGGAGUAACUAUGGGGGUAUAUUUCAGAGCUGUUCUCUGAGAUGGGGGAGCUGAGAGGCCUCCUGCUCGUGGCGGCAGCGUUGGGCAAAGUGAGCGAGUAGCAUUAGUUCUAGCGAGGCAAACGGUGCACUUGCAAGGCUGGAGGUCAAGAAAUGGGACAGACUGUUCUGGCUUGAAAAUCUCUUUUCCCUGGAGCAUGUUUUGUCUUUGCACUGAGGCAGUUCAGGAUUGUCAGGCGCAUUCGUAGCCUGAAGUCUCCUUAGUAACUCUGAAAGACUGAUGCCUUGGUGAAAUGAUGCCUGGUGUGUGUGGGAGAAAAGGAGAGGGGGAGGAGGGAGAAUGAAUCUUUCUUGGUUUUUUUCCCCCAUGUGAGAAGAAUGUGAAGUUAUUUCUCUUUUACUUGCAGCAAACCACUGACACAAAGGUCUUUCUGUGCUGAAUCUAGUGGUGGCUCUGGCAUAGUCGGUCAAAAGUGUUUGAUUAGCACAUAACAAGAAACAAGAGCACACAAAUAUAACUUAGGCUGUGUACAGCUGUAAUUUGGCAUCACUUUCCAGAGGUUUUAGUUCAUAAGGUGUUAUUUGCAGAGUCCAAAGCUGUUGAGGUUUUUUUUAGCCAGAUCAUAGCUGUGAAUUUUUGCUGUCAGCCCAUAUUACACUUGCAGACCAGGAGCCAACAGUUACUUUCACCUGUACAAUUCCACUGACUGCAUCGGAUUCUAUGGAGUAGCUCAGAGCAGCAUUUGGCCCCGUAUGUUGACUGCCUUGUUAUUCUGUAGCAUUAAAUAAACUGCAUUAUCCUGACAAAUGCAAGGUAGAACUAAAGGUCAUUUCUCUUUAAUAUGGCUGAAAGUGAAUCUAAUAGUAGAAGAUACAAUUGACGACAGCAGGAUUUUUGCCUGAGAAAGAAGAGUUAAAAGCUGAAGGGGUGUUUCAGUGUCAGGUUCAUAUUCUUUCCAAAGGAAAAGAUCUGGAAAGAGUAUCUUGGCUUUCAGAAGAACAAAUUAAAGUUGAAGUGAAAUGACUAUAGAUAAAUGCACUUCCAUAACAAAAUGCAAUACAUUUUGGCACAUUUAAUUAAUGUUUAUCAUUUCAGUAAAGGUGUAUUUUGUCAGUUCAUGGAAGAAGUACCUGUCAUUAAAUUGAAUGUAUACGUUUUACAGCAUCCUUUUUAUUUCUGUUUUUCUAACCUGUGCUAAUGGGGUUGAAUGUGUACAAUGUAAAUAGGUUAAUAAGAUUCAGGAGUCUUCAUGUGCCUAGAGUAUUACUAUAACAAAAGUGAUAUGUCUGGGAUAGCUGAGAGCAAGCGACUGAUUUACAGUUACUGGCAGUUCCUAGAAGUGGUAUUUUGUAAAGAAAAUGUAUUGCCUUUGUAGUAAAAUUUCCAGUGCAAUUAAACUGUUGGGUUUUUAUUUUUCUGGUUAAAAAAAAAAUAGUAUUUAAAAUGUUUCUGACUUUUAUUGUUCAAUUUGCACAUAGCUUUAUUGACUUCUAAACAUUAAUAAACUGAUUUUUGUAAAGA